AAGAAUUGACUUUCGCUAGUGUAUGCUUUCUCCCCCAUCGUCCGCAAGACGAACUUAUAAAUGCACUUCAGAGCCCGCCGAUUUGAAAUAAUAUGUAAUAGUAGUUCAGUUCGAUUGGGCUGUGAUUUGUGCGGUUUUUUUUGGUGUAAUACAAAAAGGCUUUGUUUUCUAGAAGAUGUCUCGCUGGAUCCAUCUCCUGAUCUUUGGUGCAGCCAUAGGCGUAGCAAAAUCCGCCAGUUUUGUUAAGUUAGUUAUUUUAGCAGGACUGGGAUUGGCUGGUUUAUGGAUGGUUCACACUCUUGCACAAGAUUUCUCCAAUAUAACUCAAAAUGGUUUCGGUAGCGCGGGCGAAGAUCACGGCGGUGGAGCAAAAUUAUUUAACGAUCAAGAAAUCAAGGUAUUUAAACGGUCCAUCCAGAACCAGAAAAACGAGCACCGGAUAAACUGGGAAAUGGUUAUCAAAAGGGAUCCUGCAAGUUGUGCCAGAAGUUUCAUUUGCCAGUUGGCUGCUACUAAGGAAGCGGAUUUGACAGAUGAGGAGAAAAUUAUACUAAAUUUGACGAGGACGGCAGCUACAGAUGAAACUUGGGCAAGCAAACAGCUAAAUGAGGCAUUGAAAAACGGAAAAUCGAUCACGUAUCCAUAUCAGUGCAUGAAAAUGUACAAAUUCUGUCCAUAUACCAAACGAAUGAUGAUGACCCUCAUUCGGGUGUUCGGAAAUAGAUAAGAAUGACAACAAAGAAUUUGUACAUAAAUAUUGACUUUUUUUUAUUAUUUAUUGUAGUAAUUUCUCUUUUGGUAAAAAAGGGACGUAUUGGACGUAUAAUACUUAAAAUAGUUAGAAAAAUAAAAACAA